CAAUUUCUCUCACUCUCUCUUCUGCAUCGCACUGUUUGCGCAUGUUCCUCAGUUGCAGGCUAUCUCCAUGGCGAUCAACCACCUCCUCCGAUCAGUUCUCAACUCACAGUAUGGUUCCAAUAUAAAGCAUGCUGCUGCAGCCAGAAUUUUUUUCGGGCAGCCCUGCAACUUACAGUCCAGUUUAUACAGCACAGAGGCCUCAUUGCAAAAGGAGGAUUCUGAUAACGGAUUUAAAGGGCAUGAUAUGCUGGCUCCAUUCACAGCUGGGUGGCAGAGUACUGAUAUGAAUCCUCUUGUAAUUGAAAAGUCUGAGGGUUGCUAUGUUUAUGACAUAAAUGGAAAGAAGUAUCUAGAUGCUCUUGCAGGUCUAUGGUGUACAGCCUUGGGAGGAAAUGAACCUAGACUUGUGGCUGCCGCUACUGCUCAAUUAAAUAAAUUGCCAUUUUAUCAUUCCUUUUGGAAUCGUACUACUAAACCAUCAUUGGAUCUGGCAAAGGACCUUCUAGGAACCUUUACUGCAUCCAAAAUGGGAAAAGUCUUCUUUACAAAUAGUGGAUCUGAAGCCAAUGAUACUCAGGUUAAGCUGGUUUGGUAUUAUAAUAAUGCGCUUGGAAGACCAAAUAAGAAGAAAUUUAUUGCUCGAGCAAAAUCAUAUCAUGGUUCAACUUUGAUAUCAGCUAGUCUUUCUGGCCUCCCAGCUCUACAUCAAAAAUUCGAUCUUCCUGCUCCAUUUGUCUUGCAUACUGACUGUCCACAUUACUGGCGCUAUCAUCUUUCAGGCGAGACAGAGGAGGAGUUUUCAACCAGAUUAGCCAAGAAUUUGGAGGAUCUUAUCCUUAAAGAGGGUCCAGAAACGAUUGCUGCAUUUAUUGCUGAGCCUGUCAUGGGGGCAGGGGGCGUGAUACCUCCUCCAGCAACUUAUUUCGACAAGAUUCAAGCAGUUGUAAAGAAAUACGAUAUCCUUUUUAUUGCAGAUGAGGUUAUCUGUGCAUUUGGAAGGCUUGGAACAAUGUUCGGAUGUGAAAAAUAUAACAUAAAACCUGAUCUUGUCUCUAUGGCAAAGGCCCUUUCUUCAGCAUAUAUGCCCAUCGGCGCUGUAAUGGUGAGCCCUGAAAUAUCAGAUGUCAUUUAUUCUCAAAGCAAUAAACUUGGCUCCUUCUCUCAUGGAUUCACCUACUCUGGGCACCCUGUAUCCUGUGCUGUUGCAAUUGAAGCACUCAAGCUCUACAGAGAAAGAAAUAUUGUUGAGCAUGUGAAGAGUAUUUCCCCAAAAUUUCAAGAUGGUUUAAAAGCCUUUUCUGACAGUCCCAUCAUUGGAGAGAUACGAGGAACUGGCAUGAUUCUUGGUACAGAAUUUACAGACAAGAAGUCCCCCAAUGAUUCAUUUCCUCCUGAAUGGGGAAUAGGUACAUAUUUUGGAGAACAAUGUGCGAAGCAUGGGAUGUUAGUACGUGUUGCUGGGGACAACAUAAUGAUGUCUCCACCUCUGAUAAUAUCACCUGAUGAGAUUGAUGAGUUAAUAACCAAAUAUGGGAAGGCAUUGAAGGCCACUGAAGAGAGGGUGAAGGAGCUCAAAUCUCAGCAGAAAAAGUAGAGGACAAUGUUUUCCAGAUGGUGAAGAAAAAUUUCUAGGCCUCAUCUUAUGUAAAAUGCAAUUCCCUUCUAACUUGUGAUUCAUGACGUCUUAAUAAAACAACUUCCUUUGUUGAAGACUUUUGAGGUAUUUGAACAUGUUCUGUUUAUUUAUAUAAUAAUAAAAUCGUAAAUAAUUU